ACAAUCUUAAUCUUUGAGAGACAAGAAAACAGCUUUUAUUUUGGUAAUUUUUGCUUGAUUGAUCAUGAAUUGAUGUUAAAAAAAAACUGUAUUUAGGUGCAGAGACAUUGUGGAGAAACUAUAUCUAGGAAGUAAAUUCACACAUUUUGGAUGUAAACUCUUAUUUGUGACUCACACCUGUGCAGGCUCAGGUGAAAUCUUUCCAUUUCUGGUCACGUGGGGAUUAAAAUGACUGAAAAUAAGGAUAAGGAUAAGGAUUUCUGACAGGAAUAGUUUCUAAAGGUAAAACAGCCAGUGUUUUGGUGGGUGGGAUGAUUUUAUCUGAAAAUUGUAAACACACCACGUUGCUUCAGGAGUGAAUGGAGAGCAAUGCAUUAGUUUUUUUUGGGGGGUGGGGGUGUAAGGACACCGGUUGCCACCCCAGCAGUGAUGAUGAAGGGCAGAGGAGGCUCGGGCUGAGAGACUGCAGCACGGCGCGCAGUGACCGGCUGCAUCCACUGGGGGAGGACCGAGCACCGCCUGCACGCGCUGCAGUACAUGAAUGACUUUCUCACCGAGGCUCUCCAUCAUCACACACACACAAUGGGAGGGAUACAGGAAUAUAGGUAGGGCUACAGCGGCAGACAGACAGAUGUGUGAUGCUCAGACUCAACCAUGGGGCCAUUUCCCUUCGCCUGCGUGAAGGUAAACUUUUACCCCCCCUCGCAUCUUUUCGCCGUGACCGUGCGGAGCUGUCAUUGAUGCCAACUCGCUGCUCGCACACCUGCUUCUUCUUCUUCUUCUUUUUUUCCCUCCCUUAAAUAAUUAUCGCUGCCGAAACACCGGGAGCGAUGCAGCACAAACGGGGGCUGAAGUGGCGAUAGAUCCUGUUGAAUUGAGACAAGACGUCGAGACGCAGCCAAAAAAGUGUCCUCCUCAGAGUGCGUCAGACCGCGGAUGUAUGUAGUGGAUGUUAUGGUCGCUGGUUGGAUACGACGAGGGAUUUGUGAUAUUACCCCCCAAAAAUCAAGUGGGGAAUUUGGAGGAAGAACUGCAUCCUCACCUACCCUACCUCCUCCUCCUCUUCAUCCUCCUCCUCCUCCUCCUUCUCCUCCAGCCGAUUUGUUUGUAGGGGGGCUGAGGCGAUUUCGUUUGGCCCCUUUUCACAUGUAAGUAUGAAUGUCAGAAUGAAGGGAGGCGAUUUUAAUGAGCUGAAAAUUCGUGCGUAAUGUCCGUGCGAGACAUAAAUGUCUCCCCUGCAUUCAUUCCCAACAGCAUAGCUUCAUAAUAACUCAACAAUAAUGACAAUAAUGACAAUAAUAAUAUGCCAAUUAAGUUUCAGCGCCUCAUAUUGUAACAGAUGCGUAGAAUCCUGGACUGUGCAGUCGCCAAAACAACGGACAUGAAUAUGAAUUCAUUUAUUUUCUGCUGUUUCCUCUUCUCUCUCUCUCUCUCUCUCUCCCUCUCUCAGCUCCAGAGCGACACAAGGAUAAAGUCUUUCACAUCCACCGGAGCUCCAUAAUAAUAUAACAGCAAAGAUCCAGCUUCUUCUUCUUUUUAAUCUCAUCACAUAAAAUGGCAACCAUGAGUGACCACGGAGGAUCAAAAGACGCAUUUGGGCACCAGCCCUGGUCGUGGAGAAAUUAACCACCUGAUGGGCACCGGAGGAACCGCGGGGAGACUGUUUUGGUGUCGCUUGUUGACUUGGUGAUUUAUGAUGCUGAACAAAUAAAAGGGCGCUGCAAGUUUGACACAGAGCGUCUGCGUAACAGGCGAUGCCGCCGGCCCUCACAUCUUUGGGUUAUGGUAAUGAUGUCAUAAGAGGCCUGAGCCGACACGGGAGGAUAGGCUGAUCAAUAUCUCCUAUCAUGUAAGUAGCCACAUGGACUGCACGCAACAUGGACCUAAUUGAGGUUCGUUUGUUUUUCUGACAUUCUCAUAUUCACAACUGAUUGGUCGAAGCGGUUCAUGUCUCAUUUCCUCUGCGCGCUCCGAGCUGCAACUUUUAUUCUCUGGCCCGCGUCCACGUCGCCCUGAGGCGGCCGCCGUAGCCCUCACGGACCGAACCGCUCAUUGACUUAAGAUGGAGUUUGCCAUGGUGGGCGCGGACGGCGGGUGCAAUAGUCACCUGCCUUACGGAUAUGCCCAAGCUCGCGCACGGGAGAGGGAGCGCGAGAGGGAGCGCCAGGCUGCACAGUCUAGAGCGGCGGCUGCAGCGGCCGCUGCCGAAGGUGGAUCCGGUGCGGAGGGAGGAGGAGGCGGCGGCGGCGGCGGUGGCGUAGGGGGGUCCACCUCCACCUCCACCUCCACCUCCACCUCCACCUCCUCCUCCUCCUCCUCCUCCUCCUCGAGCGCUCAUCUCCUUAACAACCGCCAGCAUCAGUCUCGCGCCGCCUCCUCCACGAACGCCAACAUCAGCAGCGGCGGUACCGCCUCGCGCCCCUCCUCCUCCUCCUCCUCCUCCACCUCCUCGCAGCCGCCACAGCACCAGCAGGAGCCCGAGCAGCAGCAGAGAGUUCUCAGAGAGCGGAAAAAGCAGCGCGGCGUCGGACGGUGGAGACGCAGCCGGACGACUCUCGGCGGGGAUCUGCGCCACUCGGAGCUGGCGCUGCUCGGAUCCGAGGAGGACAUCAUGAUAGAGGAGGAAGAGGCCGAGGGAGCCGAGGAAGAGGAGGAGGAGGAGGAGGGGGAGCGGGGAAGCAAGAGGUCGAGCUUUCUGUGUAACAUGGAUGAUGAAGAGGAGACGGUGUCGAUCACCGACCGGCGCCCUCAGUCCGGAUACGAGAACGUUUACAGCGAGUGCGGCUGCUGCGAGAGAGUCGUCAUCAACGUGUCGGGGCUGAAGUUUGAAACUCAGCUCAAGACUCUCACUCAGUUCCCGGACACUCUCCUGGGGGACCCCGACAAGCGAAUCAGGUACUUCGACCCGCUGAGGAACGAAUACUUCUUCGACCGGAACCGACCGAGUUUUGACGCCAUUCUUUACUACUACCAGUCAGGGGGGCGGUUGAAAAGACCAGUCAACGUCCCCUUUGACAUCUUCUCCGAGGAGGUGAAGUUUUAUGAACUCGGGGAGGAGGCGAUACUGAAGUUUCGGGAGGAUGAGGGUUUUGUGAAAGAGGAGGAAAAGCCUCUGCCGGAGGACGAGUUCAAGCGCCAAAUCUGGCUCCUGUUCGAGUAUCCGGAGAGCUCGAGCCCGGCCAGGGGGAUAGCAGUGGUGUCCGUCCUGGUUAUUGUCAUUUCUAUUGUCAUUUUCUGCCUGGAGACGCUGCCGGAGUUCAGGGAUGAAAAAGAGUAUCUACAGCCACGACACAACUCCUCUCAACCUGACCACGGAUUUACUCCUUUCAACGACCCGUUUUUCAUCGUGGAGACGGUUUGCAUCAUCUGGUUCUCCUUUGAGAUUAUAGUCCGCUUCUUCGCGAGUCCCAGCAAACCCGCUUUCUUUAAAAACAUUAUGAACUCAAUAGACAUUGUUUCCAUUUUGCCUUAUUUCAUAACUCUCGGCACGGACCUGGCGCAGCACCAAGGCAACGGCCAGCAGGCGAUGAGCUUCGCCAUCCUGAGAAUAAUCCGCCUGGUCCGGGUGUUCCGCAUCUUCAAGCUGUCCAGACACUCCAAGGGGCUGCAGAUCCUGGGUCAUACCCUGCGCGCCAGCAUGAGGGAGCUGGCCCUCCUCAUCUUCUUCCUGGUCAUCGGUGUCAUCCUGUUCUCCAGCGCGGUGUACUUCGCCGAGGCGGACGAGCCCACCUCUCAGUUCACGAGCAUCCCCGACGCGUUCUGGUGGGCCGUGGUGACCAUGACCACGGUGGGCUACGGCGACAUGAAGCCCAUCACUGUCGGCGGGAAGAUCGUGGGCUCCCUGUGCGCGAUCGCCGGCGUGUUAACCAUCGCGCUCCCGGUGCCGGUCAUAGUGUCCAACUUCAACUACUUCUACCACAGGGAGACCGACAACGAGGACCAGCCGCCGGUGGUGGAGAGCAUGCCCCCGGGCUGCCCUUACUUCCCGGACUUUCUAAGGAAAUUCAAAGGCUCGCCCUCUGGGUCCUCGCUGGGUGACAAAGCGGAGUAUAUGGAGAUGGAGGAGGGGGUCACUGAGUCGCUCUGCGGUCUGGACAAAAGCCCCAGUAAAGGAAACGGCACAGACAUAAGCAGAAAAAACAGUACUAACUCAAAAUCCAUUCAGACUGACGUGUGAUUACAAGUAGAGUUUCCCUUUUUUCUUUCUGUUUGAAGAAGAAUAUUCCCUAUUAAGACACUGUACGCCCAACAGCAGGUGGUCCCCAUGACACACGUUUUACGCACGUCUCAGAGCCCCCCCCUCCCAACACACACUCACACACACAGAGAGACACACAGAAACACACACACACACACAAGUCACCAAUUGGCAAAUGUUCAUUCUCUCCAUCUCAGAGUAGUUUAUCCCAAAUCCUCUUCUUUAGGAACAAUUAUGGGUUUAUUAAUGAGUUCUUCGACCUGCGCGGGCUUCCGAAUCUGACAUCAAAUCCAAAUUGAAGAGAAGACAGCCUAUGCAUUCGCACUUUAUGAGUUUCAUCUGUCAAUAACAGAACAGAUAGGAGAUGAUCGGUUUUUGUUAUUUUUUUUGCUGUUAUGCAAUAAAGUUAAAAAAAAAAAAUUUGUUUGCACUAAUGUAGAAUUUGCGCUGGGUUUGGGCAGAUUUUUAUUUCAGAGACAAAAACUGUAGGCCAUGCAAGUGGCAAUAAUUUAGUAAUCCUCUGACCACUUAGCUGAAGAAUGUUUGAGCAACUUUCACCCAGAGAGCAAAGUAAGGAUAUUUAUAACCCCUCUCAUUCGCUGCCACUGACAAUUGGAGUCCAAUACAGGAAAAAAAAAGAGAAAGAGUUUUGUUAUUGUUCCAACACUUAAUAUUAACAAAACGCUCAUUAAAGCAUUUAGCAUCAAAUAAACCAGGGCUAGAAUUAGUUUUAUGACAUCUACACGAGUAUGCUUUUCCACAACAGGCCUUGUGUCGUAGACCCACCAUGAGAGCUAAGCACAUGAAUCACCAGAUUUAAAAAAAAUAAAAAUAAAAAAAUGGCUGGAGGAAAGACUUGCCCCGCCAGGUUUUUGUAACAGGACAGGGCUCGGAGCCUUGGCGACAAACAGUUUCCCCAGUUUCAUUUAAAACCACCUCAAAAAUGACAAUAUCCCUUUACACGGACGCAGAUGGAAAGCUAUAGCAAAAAUGACUCUGUUGUGGAAACUCCUCGGAGGGGGAGUGUGCGAGCAACUUCCUCUCCUGUCCGCUGGACUUCGUGCACAAAAUUUUUUUUUUCUCAAGAGGACUAUGAUUAUCUCCGAGCUCAGAGGAUCUCCGGGGUGUGGAUGUCUUCCAAGCGCUACCAGUUACAGGGAGAGGGAGUACCCCCCCCCACCACCACCCCCCCCACCACCACAACUACCACCACCAACAGCACCACACAUCUCUGGAAAUUGCAGAGAACAAGCGAAAACAUAGUGACCGGUCAUCUUGAGCACGAGCGGACACUGAAAAGCAACAACAACAACGACAACGUCAACAUCGACCGGACGGGACUCGGCGUUUGGACGAGCGGAGACGAGAGCGACUGUGUGACGUCAGUGAACAAAACCCCGGAGGGUUGAGACUGAAGUUGGCAAAUGAGUAAGUCGUGGCCCAAAAUGAUUGCCUUAAUUACUACACAUAUACAGAUGUAUGAAGUGAUGAAACUUAAGAGACUUAUACAAGUUCAAAGAUGUUUUCUUUACAUGUGAAAAAGUGUCUUGUAAGGAACAAAUGUGAAUAUUUUAAUAUGAUAGAGUUAAUGUUUGGUUGUAACGUCGACAUAAUGUUUUAGUUGGGUCGGCUUCGUAGGCGUCAUUGGUUACUAAAUGGUGAGUUUGCUCUCUGCUUAUGUGCAGUCAGCAGUACGACUUAAUCUAUUUUUAUCUUGUUUCAUAUUGUCAACCAAACAAGGCUGGCCUGAGUUGCUCACUCAAACGCUGGCAACUUAAAAACUUAAGUCACAUCAUGUCAUAAACAUACACACGAAAAUCCUCAUUCAGAAAGUGUAUAGAGGGUUGGGAAACAAAUAUUGACUGGCUCAAUGCGACACAAAGAAAUACAUCAGAAGAAUAUCCUCUUACAUUAAGACCCACUUACACUAAAGCAAAGAUGUCAGGCACAUAAACACCGUCAUAAAAUAUCUGCCACACUCACUUUCUAUUAUCACAGAAAAACAGCGGAUGAAACUCGCCGGGCUUCCGCCGCCCAGAGAGUCAUCGAAGUAAAGAUGAAAUACCUUAGGUUUUUUUCUCAGAUGCAAAUUUAGAGCUGACCAGCUGCUUUGUUGAUAUGUUUUCUCUUUGAAUUUAACUGUAUGCAAAAGUAACAUGGACGUGUGUUCUAUAUUUUUUUAAACCUAGCCUUGAUAAUUACAUAACCAAAGGUGAAACCCUGAAUUUAUUGUAUGUUGUGGACUUCUGGAAAAUGUUGUGAUAUAGAUGCACACUGAAUAGGAAAAAAAUGUAAAUAACAGACGUUUAUACUUGUGUGUCCUAAGAUGUGUUGCAGAUAGAGUAAUUUGAGACUUUACUUUCUUUGACUGUUACGACCAUCAACCAUAAUCACGAUGUGUUUGUUUCGUCCUCGCUGAUACAAUCAUGUCCUUCGUAUUGUUGCGAAUGCUGCUCCAACAUUUUUCAUUGUCAUGUUUUUCGCCGUUUUUUUUCUUCUUCUUGUUUUUUUUUUUGUUGUUACACGCUGCCCACUGGAAACCCACCCAUAAGGUCGCUGAUGAUGUAUGUGCUGAUUGGAUUUCUUUACCUCUGUUAGAUCCAUGAUGUUACCCCAUGAAUGAAAUGAUUAGAAAUAUCUACUAACAUGCCAGUUUUAUUUUAGUUUUCAGAAGCAGUUACAAUAUUUUUUAAGACAGUGAUUUUAUUUUCCUAUAUUUUCCUUUAAAAAAAAAAAAAAAUACCCUUUACAUACUGUGUUAGCUAUAAUGGCACUUAAAUUUAGAGCUCCUUAUCUUAGUUUCCGUUUCCUCACCGUCUAAAGAAAAUCCAAAAAUUCGUAUCUGUAAUUACCUCAAUAAUAGUAUCCCUCAGAAAAGCUGUUAACUGAAUGUUCCAGAUAUUUCUGUAGUGUCGGAAAAACGUGCACCAACAAAAUAGCCACAGUACUUUUAAAAUAGAUGUCAAUACUCUACUUGAGAAAUCCUUUAUGGGGAGGGUGUUAAUGGGAAGGACCAGCACCAGCAGCUUGACCAGGAACACCAGUAUACUCCAGAAUAAAUAUUUAAGCCGAAGGAAACUUGGAUUCUAAUAUCACGUUGUAGCUGUAACAUAAUAUGUUUAUUUGGAAAGCAAUUGUUUAAAAAUCAGGUGAAUGUAAACAUGCAGUAUUAGUCCUAUAAGUCUGAGAGUUGAAAAGUAAUAAAGUAAUAAAACAAAACAAACAAAUCUUACAACAAUUUAUCAGCAUUUUUUUUCUGGUGAUUCAACAGCUGAGUCAAAUCAUCAGUGAGAGAUUAAAUGCAAAACUGCUCCCUCAAUGACAGUUUUUUAAUCAAAUAACUUGAGAAUGAAUAAACAACCGAUAAUAGAAAACACUUGAUAAUAUGAAGAUUUAAGUAAAUCAAAAUUUAAAAACAAACAAACACAAAACAGCAGAAGUCAAUUUAACUUUUCAGAUUAAAGGAAUAGAUUUAUAUUCUGUGUAAUAUCAAUAUUUGUUUUCUUGUCAAAAGUUAGAUGAUAAGAUUAAUUGCAGCUGGAUAUCGUAGCUUAGCAUAAAGACACUUUUCAUAACAACAUUUUAUCACUUUAAAAGUUCUGCCAAGUAAUAGUCCAACAUAACUUUUUGUUGUUAAGACUUUGGGAUCAGGCUAGCUGUUUCCCCCUGUUUCAGUCUCUGUGCUAAGCUAGGCUAACCAGCUGCUUGUGGUAGCUACAUAUUUUCUGCACAGACAUGAGAGCGUGAUCGAUCCUGUUAUCUCAAUAUCUCAGUAAGAAAAUUUAUAAACGUAUUUCCAAACUGUCAAACCACUGCUUUAAGGUAUAAAUGAAAUAAAAAACCUGCGUGUAGAAGUACAUUUUCAGAUUAGAUCCUGGGCAGAGGUCUCAGUUCUGGCCUGGAGUUUCCAUUUGUUCCUGAACAUUUCAGGCUGAAUGUUGGCCCACAUAAAGAUCUGAGCUGUAGCUAGCCCAGAUACAGAGCUAUCAUACCAGGAGCCAGCAGUGGCCAGAAGCUGCACUGCAACAAUACUGAUAGAGUUGUAAUAGACAAAUUAAUCUGUCGAGUGAUAUGUUCCUCUACAGCUCCGUAUUAUCACAGAGCAGCACUGAAGAAGCUAAGCCAAAGAGGAAUAUGCCCACAGGUUAGUACAGAGAGCGGGAAGUGGAUCAGCCAGAGAAUUGAUCCUCGAGGCCACCGCAUCCAAUCAAGCAGAACAAACUAGAACAAAAGCGGACUGAAAGAAAUCUGUUAAGCUGGGCAGUGCAACCCUUUUCCUCAAUCUAUUAAUUAAAAUAAUUUAUUUGGUUCGAGGCUGCAAUUAUGUCAAGUUGCACUGACACAGUGCCCUCACUUAAAUCUGCUUUCAUCAGGAGAUCAGUAGUAACCCAGUGAGGGGCAGUGCGCUGUGAUGUAUGAAGCCAGAAGAUAAUAAAAGGUCGAUUUUGAAGCAGAUUGAAUUUUGUAGGAAGGAAAAUAAAUUUAUCCUCUUGUGUGAGCUGAAUGAGACUUGUACACUAAAUAAAAAAGAUCAUAAUCCAGAGUUAUCCACGUGGAUAUUUAUCAAAAUUUCAGGUCAUCCGGGUCGUAUCAUGAGCGGAAAAGGAUGAGUGGAAAAAUAUCCUAAAGACUUGACAACAAAUCCAAUUUUCUUGGACUUAGUAGUGCUAGAUUUUCCUGUGGAUGUUAGAAUUACCUGCAGUAGGACCUUUUGAGAUAACUGCUGUGAUUCAGCAUGGCCACUGAGUAGAUUUAAAAAGCUGUUAGGGAUGUUAACAGUUAGUCUGUGUGGGGACAUUAGAUAACACACAGAACAAGGCGAGAGGAGAAAAUUCUAAUUAUGAUCACCUCUGAGCUGGAAAACGCACUGGGGCUACAUGUCUAAUGUUUCUCACUAUCAUAGCUACUGGCCUGAGGAGGACGAGGAGGAGAUUCACCAAACACACAGUUUAAUCAUUUUCACUUAUGAUGUGAAAUCAUUUUCAAAAGAAUUGAACUCAUUCAAAAGGAAACUCUGGCUGGGAAGCGAUUUCACUGGAUGUGUCCACAUUGUGAGAAACUGCUGUUAUGUUGAAGCUCAUGUAUUUCUGAGGCCUGAACAACUCUGAGACUCCUCCAGUCCCCCGCAGACCAACUAGGCAAGAUUAACUUUAAAAUGAAUGCCUCCCCUAAUCAAUGACAAAGGAUUUCUGCCAGAGAACAACCAAGUUGACCGCAGAUCUAAAGCCCAGUGUUGAGAUUUAGCGACGUACAUGCACUGCUUUGAAGAACACACACACACCAGAUCCUGAAGUUUCGUCCAGGUUUUAAUUUCCAUAUAUAAAAUAAGUGCUGGGAAGGAGUGUCAGGAAGUUCCUCUGUUUUAUUUGUACAAUUAGGAAAACCCCAAACCGCCAGAACAAGCUUAUAACAAUGAAAAAGUUUCUUUCAGGUAUCAAAAGUUAAAAUUUCCACUUAUAAAAAACAAGACUAAGCUUUUAUUGGUGAUAUAACUGAAUAUUAACUUGGAUAGGAAGAAAAAAAAGUCUCAACCCAGCUGUAAUAAACUGAAAUGUUGUUAAUGAUUAUCUGUUAUCUGUUAAACAUCAAACUUUACCCGUCCAAUCAAAUAUCGAGUAACCAAACUGCCCAAUCUGGCACCACUUCCUGCUGUUUCCCCCCAUAGUGAUCAGGAGGGAUGUGUUGAUCGGAAUUAAUUGUCCAUAUAUUGAAUUUGAUGAUUUAAAAACAACCUGACUAAGCCCAGUAUCUUCACACUGCAGACGUUUCCGUACGGCUCAGUUUGAUAUUACGUACAUUUACAUAAAUAAAACUGAUGCAUUCGUCUGUGGAUGUUACAGUAAACACUCUAGUUUUUAUCCUCAGCGUUAGAUAACACCAGGAACCCGUUUUAUGUCUUAAUCUCCUUAUAAACAAGGUGGCUCACGAGGAGCACUGCGAAGCUGUUGAACGGUGACGCAGUUUGUAUUCGUGCUGGAUGUUUCGUGGCUGACUGGAUUUCAGGUUUUGUUUUGCACCAUCUGCCUCCUGCAGAAAAGUAUUAGAGCUCUUUGCUGCAAAUACAGUGAUUACAGUGUUUGCCUGGCCACAUCUGUAUUUAGGAAAUUGUUUCAUGUAGGAGACAAAUGAAAUCCUUUGCAAAGUUUAAUCAUGUUUGCUGAAAGGCCUCGGUUUAUACAGGUAAUGCACGAAUUACUGGGUUAAUGACAGGGUUACCACGGGUCACUUGAUCUGAGAAAUGCUCGAUGAUCAAUACUUAAAGCUGCAAUUUUGGUUUUGGUUAUCAAAUGACAGAUUCUUUCAUAGAUUAUGAUAUUGAUUAAAUGAUGAUAGCCUUCAUUAGCUUAAACAUCACCCAGAUUUAACUUGGUUGUAUUGGAACACCUUUAAUUUUUCUGGCUCAUGAAGGAGUGAAUUAGUAUUUCCUCCUAUUUAAUGAUCAGAUCUGAUUAAGUGUAGAGUAGGGUGUGGUUUAAAUACAAAAACAGUAAACGCACACCAUCAUGCACAUCUCGUGGUCAGAGCACCUGGAGAGUCACAACAGCCAGUGAGUUCAGUGCUGCCGCAGUUUCCUUGAGCAAAGCGGCCUCUGCUUGCUUCAGCACUGCUUCUCCUGGCUGCUGUUUUUCAGAGACGUUAAUUACGCGGGCCGUCGUUCAUCAAGCUACUGCACAUUCAAAUAUGAGCUUUAGAGGAAGUGAAAUCAAACAGAGAUCUCUUCGUUUGUGUUUGGGAACAGAGCCGCAAUGUUGAUUGACAGAAAAUUAAUUGGCAACUCUUUUGAUAAUGGUUUUAGUCUCUUCUUUUUCGAGCAAAACUGACAAAACAUCCUCUGGUUCCAGCUUCUAAAAACGUGGUUUGACGUUUUCAAUUUGCCGCAUAUGAUAGAAAACUGAAUAUUUGAGUUAUGGGCCGCCGAAUAAAACAAGCAACUUGAAUAAAUAUCCUUGGACAUUAAUUGAUUAAUCAACAAAAUAACUAGCAGAUUACUCAGCAAUGAAAACAAUCACAAUGGAAAACAACAGGGAUUUUAGAGUAUUACUAUGUAAUGUCUGCUCUGUGACGUGGCAGGUAAUAAACAAGUAAUAAAAGUUAAGUGCUCGAAGCGCUGUGAGAUAAACGCACUGCAGCUAAACAUGUACAUAGACAACAACAACAAAAAAAACAAGCAAAUGAAGAAAACACUUUCACCAAUUUGACAACAAAGAUUGUUGGUUGUGUUCUGUUCUGUUUCUAUGUGCAAGAUCAAAUUGGUGGAGUUGUUUGCUUCAUUUGUUUCUUUAACUGCAGUGCACUGAGCUCUGCAGGGCCGCCGUAACUCUUGAAUUAACAGCCUGCUGGUAAUGAUGCAAACGCUCUUUUUUAGAAGCGCAGAGCACAAAUAGAGGCUGUGUACUUUAGCCUGUUAUAGACCAAUUACUCUAGUGACAGUUGGUAGUUGUAGCAGAUCUUUUGUCAUGUGCGGCAUGGCAUAUUUUCCCCCACAACAAGCCUUCAAAGUUUAUGGGCCAAGAAUCAUUGAGCAUGUUUAAUUCUGACUAUUGUGACUAAUGUAAAUUGCCUUUUUUAUUUUUCACAAGAUGUCUCCGAUUCAUAAAUCUACGAUAUAAUCUGCAUUUAAAUCUUGAGCUGUUAAUUGGCGGUGGAUUGUUCUUGUUGUGGUUUCUCAACUUCACGACCACAAGAGCUUGAUGAGGGACGGCCACAAAACAGACAAGAACACACAGAUGAAGAAUACACUUAGAUGUGAAUUAAACAGAACAAGGAUGGGAUUCAAAACCCACGAUAUUCAGGUGUCUAUGCAAGCUGGUGCGAUUCAGUCAGCCGAGGCCACGGUCGCAUUUAUUACACGGACGUUACGGUGCAAGUCAAUCUACAUUAGUCAUUAUGAUUCUCACCAUCAUCUCACCUGCAGAGAGGUAAACUAUCUCCAUGCAGCCAGCAUAGAUGUUGCUGCGGUGGCUAAAAGCUUUGCUCUUGGGACAAUGGUGGUUGUUUUAAUGUUACUGCUUCACGUUACGUGUAUGUUUAAUAUUCAAACUGUUCACUUGCCACUGCCUUGUCUUGACUCAUAAGAAAAAAGGAGGGAAAUCGUUUAUCAAUCAACAAAAGGAAAACUGACAGUAACUAUUAAUGAACAUGUAUAAUAUUUCUACAGUUCAGGUGUUGAGAAUUAUCCAUGUGAGGUUUUGGCCAGCCUUGCUUUUAUUCUGCAUGAUGCUUUGUUUUGAGAAAAAUGCAUCUUAACCCAAGGUAUGUUUGUAUUUUUUUCCUAAGGGUGCUCCUCUCCUUCUCUAUCACUCUCUCUCUCUCUCUCUCUCUCUCUCUCUCUCUGUAUCUUUGGAGCUUGUCACUUCUUACCUUAAUUCUCCUUUGUUGUUUUCUUCUUUCUUUUAUUUUUUGGUAAACCUUCCAACUUCUGGAUUUUCUACAUUCAUAACAUUUUGUAGACAGCAAUAUGAGAUGUGAUUGAAAAUGGAAUAUGUGCAAUGUUGAUUAAAGAAAAAUAUAAUAUAUUCAAUAAAAAUUCAGAAAACAA